UAUGCGGUUGAGCAGCGACGGCGGCAGUAUGUGGAUGAGGCGGCGAUUUUUAAUAACUGCCACCGUCUCUGCCUCUCACUCCUCUUUCAUCACUUCCGCUGUUACAAUAGUCCCUUCCAUAUCCUUCCCUUGUACAAUAAAGUCACCACGACAACUCACUCUCUUUCCCAGUUCCCAUGUCCGUUCUAUCUCAAACAACUCCUCACCAUCCCCUCUUCUUUCAAUCACCAUCCCUUCAGGAGUUGGGGAGAAAAAUGGAAUUCCAAUGAAGGGAUCGAAAGUGGUUUUGAAAGGAAUGAGAUACCCGGAACUUGAGAAUUGGGUUCGGUCACAUGGUUUUAGGCCUGCUCAGGCUUUGAUGUUAUGGAAGCGCCUGUAUGGGAACAAUACAUGGGCACGACAUGCAGAAGAAUUGGAAGGUUUGAACAAGGACUUCAAGAGGAUGUUGAGUGAACAUGCUGAAUUUAAAGCAUUGUCUGUGACGGAUAUUUAUACAGCAUCUGAUGGAACAAAGAAGAUUUUAUUCACAUUGGAAGAUGGACUAGUCAUUGAAACCGUUGUGAUUCCUUGCCAGAGGGGAAGAAAUACAGUAUGUGUUUCUAGUCAAGUGGGCUGUGCAAUGAAUUGUCAGUUCUGCUACACUGGAAGAAUGGGGCUUAAAAGAAGUUUAUCUGCAGCUGAGAUAGUGGAACAGGUUGUUCUUGCUCGGCGCCUGCUUUCACAUGAAGUUGGCACCAUAACAAAUGUUGUAUUCAUGGGAAUGGGAGAACCACUUCACAACUAUGAGAAUGUUAUUAAAGCUGGAGAUAUAUUGGUCGAUGAGCAAGGUCUUCAAUUCAGUCCUCGGAAGGUUACUGUUUCAACAAGCGGGCUCGUGCCCCAAUUAAAACGUUUUCUCAAUGAAUCUAAUUGUGCUUUAGCUGUCAGCUUAAAUGCCACAACCAAUGAGGUCAGAAAUUGGGUCAUGCCAAUUAACCGAAAGUACAACUUAGAAAUGCUGCUUGGCACCCUUCGAGAGGAGCUUCGACUGAAGCACAACUACAAGGUCUUAUUUGAAUACGUAAUGCUUGCAGGAGUUAAUGACAGUAUUGAGGAUGCAAAGAGGCUAAUUGAUCUUGUACGAGGCAUUCCUUGCAAGAUCAAUCUAAUUUCGUUUAACCCUCAUCAAGGAUCCCAGUUUAAACCGACAAAGGAGGAGAAGAUGAUUGAAUUUCGUAAUGUUCUUGCUGAAGCAGGGUGCGUUGUUUUCUUGAGACUGAGUCGAGGCGAUGAUCAGAUGGCUGCCUGCGGUCAGCUUGGCAAGCCGGGUGAAAUCCAGGCUCCUUUGCUUCGAGUUCCUGCUAAAUUUCAAGGAGCGUUAGAAGCUUUAUUAUGAACGUUGGUUUUCACAACUUUUUUUCAAUUGAAAUGUAGAGAUUAUAAUUAUACUGUCAAACGUUUAAUUUGAUAUUCAUGGUACUUUUUGAGUUCUAGACAAUCAAUAAAAAUUUCUAGAA